CCGUUAAUCAGAAGCCAUUUCAAAUUUCUACCGUUGCUGCCUCGGCCAAGAAAAAAACUAGCCGUUAUCCCCCCACUUUUCUCGACUCUCACUCGAAAACGGAGAAAGAGGCUCAAACCCUAAUCCAUUUCAUUAAGAUCUUUUCCCCGUCUCUCCCUUAGUAUCACAAAACCUCGCUUUCAAUUAGCCAUUCCUCUCUUGUUCCAUUUCUGCAACAAAAAUCCCAGCCCAAACUCUUCUCUCUUUCGAGAUUUCAUUUAACCAGAUCCAUUUCCCCCUGCUCUCUUUGAUUUUCUGAAAAAAAAAACAAAAAAUUUGUUCUGUGACUCUGUCAUCCGAUUCUUGAAAAGGAAGCAACCAUUUUUAUUGAAUUAGAGCAGAAAGAUACAUAUGGCUUCAAGAACCAUUGCCAAGGAUAUCAUCACUCUUCGGGGGUCUGCAGCUAUCGUCAGCGAGUUUUUCGGUUAUGCGGCAAACAGUAUUCUCUACAACCGUGGAGUUUAUCCCGAAGAAAGCUUCGUCAAGGUGAAGAAGUAUGGCCUUCCAAUGUUGCUCACCCAAGACGAAGGUGUAAAAACAUUCAUCGCCAACCUCACGGCCCAGCUAUCGGAAUGGCUGGAAGCUGGCAAGUUACAGAGGGUUGUUCUUGUAAUAAUGAGCAAGGCCACAUCUGAAGUAUUGGAGAGAUGGAAUUUCAGUAUCGAGACCGACAAGGAGGUCGUUGAGAAGGGGAUAUCAAGGGAAAAGAGCGACAAAGAAAUUAUGAGAGAGAUCCAAGCAAUCAUGAGACAGAUAGCUUCCAGCAUCACUUACUUGCCAUGCCUCGAUGAACCUUGUAUCUUUGAUGUGUUGGCUUACACCGAUAAAGAUGUAGCAGUCCCAUUCACCUGGAUCGAGAGUGACCCCAAAUUGAUUGCGAAUCCGCAAAUGGUGAAAUUGCAUUCCUUCGAUACCAAGAUACACAAGGUGGACACCCUGGUUUCAUACAAGAACGAUGAAGAGGGCGAAGAGUAACAGUUCUUCUUGGUUAUAGGGAGAAGGGUGGUGCUUGAAUCCUCUGUGAAUUGUUUAUUCACAUCUGGUGGUGAUUAUGAGCGUUUUGAGUUGAGUGCGUUUUAUGAAAAACAAAUAUAUAUGAAAAUGAAAAACUUCUUGUCUCUAUUUUUUAUUCUCUCAAUUGAAGUUUGUUGUAUAUACCAGAAACAUCUGCACUCGAGAAUGACAUUGACAGAAGUUGCUGAA